CUGGCUGCCUUCACAUCAUCCAACAUCCAGCCGCCACAAUGUCUGCCCUACGGAUUCUAGUACCUGUGAAGCGAGUGAUUGACUAUGCUGUCAAGCCACGAGUCAACAAGGCCCAGACGGGCGUCGAGACAGCCGGCGUCAAGCACUCCAUGAACCCCUUUGACGACCUCUCCGUCGAAGAGUCUGUGCGAAUCCGCGAGAAGAAGCGCGCCCCCGGCGGCGUUGAAGACAUUUGCGCCUUCUCGGCCGGGCCAUCCAAGGCGCAGGAGAUUCUGCGGACGGCCCUGGCCAUGGGCGCCGACCGCGCGGUGCACGUCGAGAUCAAGGACGGCGAGGAGCUGGAGCCACUGACGGUGGCCAAGCUGCUGAAGAAGUCGGUCGAAGAGCAGAAGAGCAACCUGGUCAUCCUGGGCAAGCAGAGCAUCGACGACGACGCCGGGCAGACGGGCCAGAUGCUUGCGGGCUUGCUCAACUGGCCGCAGGCGACGCAGGCGAGCAAGAUUGAGUUUGGCGCAGACGACGCCGUGACUGUGACCAAGGAGAUUGAUGGCGGGGUGGAGACGGUCAAGGCGAAGCUGCCGAUGAUUAUCACGACGGAUCUGAGGCUGAAUACGCCGCGGUAUGCGACGCUGCCGAAUAUCAUGAAGGCGAAGAAGAAGAAGCUGGAUAAGAAGACGUUGGAGGACUUUGGGUUGACGAAUGAGAAGAGGUUGAAGGUAUUGAAGGUUACUGAGCCUCCUGUGAGACAGGGCGGUGGCAAGGUUGAGGAUGUGGAUGGCUUGAUUGGAAAGCUAAAGGAGCUUGGUGCUUUGUAAAUGGGAGCUUUGGAUUAUUCAAUUAUAGUAUGCAAAAGAAGGAUUGGGCGGGAUCAAUUAGACUUGUUUCAAUUAGAACGCCCGUUGUGACUCUAUGAAUUGCAAUUAUGGCUUCCUUGGUGCUCGUUUUUAUUGCCAAAGUUAUUGCUAGAGGGACUGCGGUCUGGAUUAAAGACGUGAGAGAUGGAAUGACACACCAAUUAUUGGGCGCAUCUUCAGAGUUGGAUACGAAGAAAGUCAACAAUAUAUAUUUACUUACGUACGAGAUUAAUUGCUGUUUAUAAUAUGGUGGGAACCGCUUUAGCAGCGUUGAAACGAAUCGGGCGGUGAUGUUGGAUCGUUCAAUUGAAUGCUCCAUUAACCCCACCAAAGAAGAAUGAAUCACUCACUUGUCACUGCCCGGUAGAGUUGAGCUGUAAAUAGAGUAAAAAGCCAUUUGCCAUGUGUUCAGCAUGUGGCCACGCCAAAAGACCGCAGAAAACAGCAGCAGCCUCAGCGCCCUAUCCCUUAUCAUAUCCCCAUCCCCAUCCCCAUCUCUCUAGUCAUGUCCCUUCCCCUCUAACUCGCAAGAGAUAAUAAAACGAGAUGCGCCGUAAUGAUUCAAUGUCAUAGAAUAGGGCACAGGGGCCACAACGAUAUCGGCGCCCCAAAGCUCGCCCAAACAGGCCAAGCUGCCCCUCCUUUCAGCACGUCAAAAGC